UCGGCUCGGUUCGGAUCUGUUCGGCUCGGAUCUGUUCGGCUCGACUCGGCUCUGUUCGGCUCGACUCGGCUCUGCUCGGCUCGGUUCGGCUCGGCUCGGUUAAGAUAGCAGAUUAGACACCGCGUUUCGGAUGUGAUUUGACUGUCAUGAGUCCGGCCGGCUGCUCCCACGUGAACGGCUUCAAGGUGGAAAACUGGAAGCAGAACCUGCGCGUUAUUUACCAGUGCUUUGUGUGGAGCGGCUCGGCCGAAACCAGGAAACGCAAGGCGAAGUCAUGUAUAUGUCACAUGUGCGGGGCGCAUCUAAACCGGCUCCACUCGUGUCUCCACUGCGUCUUCUUCGGCUGCUUCACCAAGAAACACAUCCAUGAGCACGCCAAAACCAAACGACACAAUUUAGCUAUAGAUCUUCUGUACGGCGGUAUUUACUGCUUCGUGUGCCAAGACUACAUUUACGAUAAAGACAUGGAACAGAUCGCCAAAGAAGAACAAAGGAAAGCCUGGAAACUACAAGGUAUCGGGGAGAAAUAUUCCACGUGGGAACCUACCAAGCGAGAACUGGAGCUGCUCCGACACAACCCCAAGCGACGGAAGAUCACCGCCAACUGCACCAUAGGUCUGAGGGGUCUGAUAAACCUGGGCAACACGUGCUUCAUGAACUGCAUCGUCCAGGCUCUGACCCACACCCCGCUGCUGAGGGACUUCUUCCUGUCCGACAGACACAAGUGUGAGAUGCAGGCCAACUCCUGCCUGGUGUGUGAGAUGUCCCAGCUCUUUCAGGAGUUCUACUCGGGGCAUCGAUCCCCCCACAUUCCCUUCCGGCUGCUGCACCUGGUGUGGACGCACGCGCGUCACCUGGCCGGCUACGAGCAGCAGGACGCGCACGAGUUCCUCAUCGCCGCGCUGGACGUGCUGCAUCGCCACUGCAAAGGUGACGACAACGGGAAGAAGGCCAACAACCCGAACCACUGCAACUGCAUCAUCGACCAAAUCUUCACCGGGGGCCUGCAGUCCGACGUCACCUGUCAGGUCUGCCAUGGUGUUUCCACGACGAUAGACCCUUUUUGGGACAUCAGUCUGGACCUGCCCGGUUCGUCCACGCCGUUCUGGCCGCUCAGUCCGGGCUCUGAUGGGGGCAUGGUGAACGGGGAGAGCCACCCGAGCGGAGCCACCACGCUGACCGACUGUUUACGCAGAUUUACACGCCCGGAGCACCUCGGGAGCAGCGCCAAGAUAAAAUGCAGCGGUUGCCAUAGUUACCAGGAGUCCACCAAGCAGCUGACGAUGAAGAGGCUCCCGAUCGUGGCGUGUUUCCACCUCAAACGGUUCGAGCAUUCGGCAAAGCUUCGGAGGAAGAUCACCACCUACGUGUCGUUUCCUUUAGAGCUGGACAUGACUCCCUUCAUGGCCUCCAGUAAAGAGAGUCGGAUGAACGGUCAGUACCAGCAGCCGGUGGACUCGUUAAACAACGACAACAAGUAUUCUCUGUUUGCGGUUGUGAAUCACCAGGGCACACUGGAGAGCGGUCACUACACCACUUUUAUUCGCCAGCACAAGGACCAAUGGUUUAAGUGUGACGAUGCCAUCAUCACCAAAGCCAGCAUCAAGGACGUGCUGGACAGUGAAGGGUAUCUGCUGUUCUAUCAUAAACAGUUCCUGGAGUACGAGUAACCCCCCGCUCCAGAUCUGGACGGCUGAAACCUGAAGAUAAAGGACCAUUAGAGAGGGAAAAAACAAGACAAAAGCAAAGACGAGCGUCAGAGUCUCACAGACGACACCAAGCAGCAGCUCCGACCUGAACGCUGAGGGGUGGGCGGUGUGUGUGUGUGUGGGGGGGUCUGAAUUAUUCCAAGAAUAAAAGAAACCGAAACACAAAACCAAACCUAGAGAUAACUAGCUAAACCGGUCUGCACUAAACCACAAGCAUCGACUCGAGAGGACCGAGGGACUCGUCAGUCUUUUAUUUUUAUUUUAUUUUAUUUUAUUUUCCCCUCACGACCGAACAGAACGCCGAGACUCACCGAGACUCGCUCAGACUCCCUUCUCGUGUGUAGUCUGUUUGCUCCUGACCUCAGAAUGACCAAGCAUUUCAAGAAUCCUGUGCAUCUCUUCUGAAUGUUUUUCUUUUUGUGCAUCGCUCGUCUGAAUGCGUUUGAGAAGAUCACGGUUCGAGAUGACUUCUGCACGUGGCUUUUUUUUUUGUUCGGAUGGCCGAAGCGGCGGCCCGCGAGAAGACGGGAGUCGAGGAGAGCCGACAGACUGUAGUUCCUCCUCUCACGCCGUCCAUGUUUUCUCUUUUGGUUAAGGGCAGGGAAAUAUCAUGUGUACAUAAACAUCUAUUUUUCUAAAGUCAUUGAGCUCUUGUUUACGCCCCUUUACCCGCCGCACAUCCUCGUCUGUGUUAGAUCUGUGCUGAGUUUGAUUUUUGUUUGUGUUUGUGUCGGAUCUGAGAAGUGGUGAGGGCAUCUCGUCGUGUUUCCUGCGAUGCAUCAUGGGUGGAGAAUGUUCUCGUACUGUGCAUCCUGACAUGGCUCGAUUUUGCAGUGUUAACACAGCCUCAUGUUGCUUGAACUGUGUGUGUGUGUGUGUGUGUGUGUGUGUGUGUGUGUGUGUGUGUGUGUGUGUGUGUGUGAGAGAGAGAGAGACAGGUCUGAGGGCAUGCUUGAGUAUGCAGUGUGUCAGUGCCUGUGUGUGCUUGUGUGUGUGUGUGUGUACUGAAUCAGUACUAAACCUAGCAUGCUGUCUAAACUGGAUUCUACACGACUUUGAGGGAGGAGUGCGUUUUUUAUAAAUGUUAAUCAUGUAUGUAUGUAUAGUAUGUACGUAUGUAUCAUAUAUAUAUGUAUAUAAAACAAAUCAGUGAAAGAA